GAGAGAGAGAGAGAGGUUUUGAAUUUCCCUUCUGGAAGAGAAGCUGUACGGCGUCAGGGCCUGGCUGAGGGGCGUGAUUGGAGGGCGCCUUCGGCAUCCACCCGCCCGCGGCAGCAGCCUCGGCCCCAGCUCGCCUGACGGAGUUACACCAGGCAGCGGCGCGAGCUGGCUGAGCACACGGCACCGCCUGCUGGAGUCAGCCGGAGCCCUGCAGUGGCUUAGACGGUUGCUGGGACCACCAGGUGGACUCAUUUCCCAUAGGCAGACCAGCCAGGAGUGCUGAAUGCGAAUUCAGCCACGGGCUAGAGAGCAUUAACCAAAGCCUGCAGGAUGGACUUCGUCAUGAAGCAAGCCCUCGGAGGGGCCACCAAGGACAUGGGGAAGAUGCUGGGGGGAGAGGAGGAGAAGGACCCAGACGCCCAGAAGAAGGAGGAGGAGCGGCAGGAGGCCCUGAGGCAGCAGGAGGAAGAGCGCAAGGCCAAACACGCCCGCAUGGAAGCCGAGCGCGAGAAGGUCCGGCAGCAGAUCCGAGACAAGUAUGGGCUGAAGAAGAAAGAAGAGAAAGAGGCAGAGGAGAAGGCAGCCCUGGAACAACCCUGCGAGGGAAGCCUGACCCGACCCAAGAAGGCCAUCCCUGCAGGCUGUGGGGAUGAGGAGGAGGAAGAGGAGGAGAGCAUCCUGGACACAGUGCUCAAAUAUCUGCCGGGGCCGCUGCAGGACAUGUUCAAGAAGUAACCCGUCCUCCUCCACGUUAUGACUUUUUUUUGUUUUUUGUUUUUUUUUUUUUUUUUGGUGUUCUUAGUCUUUCUUUUCUUUUUAUUCAGUUAAGUCUCAGUUCCAAAGGGGAAAACCUUAGUCGACCUGUGCCCCCUUUCCCUAGUCAGGGACUCUGCCCCUCUGCAGUCCUUGACAGGCCCUUCAUCCCAGGGUUGCUAGUCCUGUUUCACUCCCAAAUAGCAAGAAGAAGAAGAAGAAGAAGAAGAAGAAGAAGAAGAAGAAGAAGAAGAAGAAGAAGAAGAAGAAGAAGAAGA